CUGUCAAAACCAUAAGCAAAUUCACUGGUCAUUGGCACCGCGUAUUUUUGGAGCACCUGAUUUCAAUUGUAUUGUUUUGACUAUGAACAUACCGCAAUAAUUAACAAUGACCACGUAGUUCGCAGAUUAUUGCUGCCAAUGUGAAAUCUUUUGUGAACAAUAACUUAAGUGGCUUGUUUUUUCAGUGACAAUGUCAACCCCACCGCCUACACAAGCGCGCCGUUCGUCUGGAGAGAGUAAGAAGGUGACACCGCCUGCAUCAAGCAUUGUGACCAGAAAUGGUGCUCGCAAGGCCAAGAUUCAGACUCGUGCAAUGUCUGCCGGGGCUAAGCCGUCAGCGCUAGUGAUCGCUGCUAAACGUAAAGCCCAGCAGAAGAAGAAGCACGGUUUUGACACUGAACUGAGAGAUCAUUAUCAAAUUGCCAUGGAUUCUAAAUCAAAAGUGAAGGGUCCAACAGGUCUUGUGACGGAGCCGCGCAUGGCGGAACAUCGAUGUCUGUGGGAUGAUCAGUAUCCUGAGUGUCCUGAGCGGUUGACCAGCGUUAUACAAAGGUGCCAUGAACUAAACUUAAUCGAGCAAUGCAAGCAGUACCCACCUCGAGCGGCGACUAAGGAGGAGCUAUGUGCUCUACACUCGCCGUCCGUGUACGACAUGAUGGAGACCACACAUCAGAACAACGACCUUAAAUACCUGGAGGAACUGUCCGCUAAAUAUGAUGCUGUUUAUAUACAUCCGAGUACCCACGAGCUAGCCCUCCUAGCAGCAGGCUCAACCAUCGACUUAAUAGAUCGCAUAGUAUCAGGCGAGCUACAGAACGGCGCGGCGCUGGUCCGGCCGCCCGGACACCACGCCAUGAGGGCGGAGCCCUGCGGAUACUGCUUCUAUAAUAACGUGGCUUUAGCUGCUAAACAUGCCAUCGAUGCUAGAGGAGUUAAUAGGAUACUAAUAGUGGACUGGGAUGUACACCAUGGACAGGCUACACAACAAAUGUUUUACAAUGACCCCAGAGUAGUAUACUUCUCGAUCCACCGCUACGAGCACGGCUCGUUCUGGCCGAACCUGCGCCAGUCCAACUUCCACUACGUCGGCGCCGGCCGAGGGAAGGGGUAUAACUUUAACGUGCCGCUGAACAAGACUGGCAUGACGGACGGCGAUUAUCUAGCUAUAUGGCAUCAGCUGUUACUGCCGAUGGCUUUUGAGUUCGCCCCCGAACUUGUUAUCGUGUCGGCUGGGUACGACUCCGCGUUGGGAGAUGAAAAGGGUGAAAUGGAACUAACACCAGCAGUAUACGGGCACCUAACACAAGCACUGAUGUCAGUAUGUCCGCGAGUGGGCGUGGUGCUGGAGGGCGGGUACUGCCUGACGUCUCUGGCGGAGGGGGCGGCGCUAACGCUGCGGACGCUGCUAGGCCGCGCCCCGCCCAAGUUGGAGCAAGUGCCUGAGCCUAGUGAUGAAAUAAGAGACACAAUACUAAACUGCAUAUACGCCCAAAAACCACAUUGGAACUGCUACAAUUUCCAACCGACUUACUCAACUAGCGGGCCGCCCAAUGUCUGCGAUGCCAACAGGCUGAAACAUACGGUCACUGUCAAGUGGGAAGGCGAUGAAACCAGGCCGGAUACCUUUGCGACCAGAAACUGCUAUCCCGUGCAGGAUAGUGGCACGAUAAAGAGGAUAGCUGAGCGGUUGAACCAUUUGAGAUUAGUGACGGAUCUCACAAUACCACAGCACGCAGUGGGCUAUAUUUACGACACAGCCAUGCUCAAACAUAAGAACGUCUGCGAACCCGGUCACGUAGAAUGUCCGGAGCGAAUCAUGCGCAUUCACGAGCGGCACCGCGACUUCGCUCUGCUGGACCGCAUGCGGCAGCUGUCCGCCCGGCCGGCUACCGACGACGAUAUACUCGCUGUACAUACUGAGGGACAUCUCAACAGGCUAAAAGAACUGGCCACGACGAAACUAAGGAAUUUAAACAUUCAGAAGGAAGACUACGACUCCGUGUAUUUCCAUCCGGACUCGCUUGAAAGCGCUACAGUCGCUGCAGGCUGCGUCUUACAGAUGGUAGACGCCGUCCUAUCAAACGAAGUAGGCAGUGGAGUCUGCGUGAUCCGUCCGCCCGGCCACCACGCCGACGACGACAUACCGUCCGGCUUCUGUCUGCUCAACAACGCAGCCGCCGCCGCUAAGUACGCCAUACAUACUCACGGGCUCAACAGAGUGCUCAUACUGGACUGGGAUGUACAUCAUGGAAAUGGGACGCAGAGGAUUACUUAUGAUGAUAAUAGAAUUCUCUACAUGUCGAUCCACCGCUACGACCACGGCUCGUUCUUCCCGCACUCGAAGGACGCCGACCACACCGCCGUCGGAGAGGGGAAGGGGGAAGGGUUCAAUGUCAAUGUUCCGUGGAAUAAGCGCAAUAUGGGUGAUACGGAGUACCUGACGGCGUUCACGCAAGUGAUCCUGCCCAUCGCGUACGCGUACAACCCGCAGCUCGUCAUCGUGUCCGCUGGCUUCGACGCCUGUGUGGGAGACCCGCUGGGAGGUUGCAAAGUAACUCCGGAAUGCUACGGUAGAAUGACACAACUGCUCCGAGGUCUAGCUGGGGGCCGCGUCAUCCUCUGCCUCGAAGGCGGCUACAACAUCACCAGCAUAUCCUACGCCAUGACCAUGUGCAGCAAAGCGUUACUAGGCGACCCCAUCCUACACCACUAUGACCCCAAAACCCCCUGCCAUUGGGCAGCCAUUGACUCCAUCAACGACGUCAUCAACACACACAAACAGUACUGGAAGUGUCUCAAGUUCCAAGUGGCUUUACCCUCUGAUAAUGUUCUAGAACCCCCGUUACCUUCCAGAGGGUUAGUCAUAGAAUCAAGUGAACUAGAAGUGUCGGCCUGCAGUGAGGACCUUCAUAAUGAAUCAACUAAGUCCAGUGCGAGCCAUUUGGAAUCAUCGCUUGAGGCCAGCAUGAGCAAUUUGAAUUUGAAUAUAGAAAAGAAGUGUUCUGAUGGCAUCCAUUGCGGCACAGACGAUGAAGACGAAAAGCCCAAACCUUCAAAAAGUUCCGAACCCUCUGCCUCCGCUAGUAGCAGUUCACCAGAUUCGAAAAAAGAACAAUCGAAUCCUAUAAAGCCAGCUCAAGCGGGGUCUAGUGGUGGGAAAAAGCCGACGUUAGUCGAGUAUUUGGCCGAGAAUAUGCAAUCGAUAGUCGAUGGCGAUAUGUUUGCGGUGAUACCGCAGCGCUGGUGUCCUCAUUUAGACUCCUUGUAUACAAUACCUGAUGAUGUGAAGUUCGAGCAAGGAGUUAAAUGUAUCGAUUGCGAUCAUACUGAAGAGAAUUGGGUGUGUUUGCAUUGUUAUGUGACAGCCUGCGCCCGCAGCAUCAACGGUCACAUGCAAGCACACUGCGCCACCACGGGCCAUGCUCUCGUCCUCUCCCUAGUCGACCUCUCAGUAUGGUGCAACAUCUGUGACGCUUACGUGGACAACUCGCUCCUGUACGACGCGAAGAACAACGCACACAGGUGCAAGUUCGGGGAAGACAUGCCCUGGUGUUAUAAGACUGAUUUACAUAUGCAAUAAUGUGUUUUUUUUUUACUUUUUUUGAAGUAAGAGGAUUGAAGGUGAGUGUUUUGAUUUGUAGUGGGAAAUUUAAAUUUCGAAGUGUUUUGUUGAUGGUUUAUGUAAUGUAGGUAUGAUCUUAUCGAUUGCGGUAUCUCAAAUACCUCAAAAAUAUCUCAAAAAUGUAUAAAAAGGACGUACAUGCUUACAGUGAAUCUUUUGCAAUCUGUAUCGGAAACUAAACAAAUCGAAUUAGAAAGUUUUUGAGGUAAUCCGACAAUAAGUAUUAAAACUUGAGAACUGAUAUUGUUAGUAAGCUUUUUGAAUUAGCAUUUAUGUAUUCUUACACAGUAUAAACUUGGUAGAACAUCAACAAAUCACUUUAUAUUUAUUUACCCCUCUAUGAAUCGAAUCAUUCACUCUAAGAUGGGUGUGAAAAAUUUUAUCUUUUUCGAUCGCAGUUAAAUUCUUUGUAAUUUUUAAUUAUCUACGGCCUAAUGUUUUACUAAGGUAAGGAAAAUUAAUGAUUUGCCGUAUUUUGUCAUUUAUCUUUUUAAGUUUAAGCCAUCGCAUUCGAAAUGUGCAGUUAAUAGUUACGUUUCUCACUUACAGUAUUGUAAGAUCUUUUUUAUAUUCUUAUUUAUUUUUAAUUCAUUGUUAUUAACUUACUAAUGUAUAUGAUUUAAUUUAAAUUAGCAAUAGUGUUGUAAAACAUUCCAGUGAUCGUCUGUUGACUAACAGGAAUAUAAAUAACUGCUGGGAUUUAGACUUACUAAUAAACUAAUGUAUUUCUUGAUGCUGGGCAUUUAAUGGAUUAUAGUAAUACUUACAUAUCUUAAAACCACCGCACCAGUGUGAAACAUUAUCACUUAUGCUAUCCGUACUGACUUUUGAAAGUCAGAACUCAUGUUUAAGAGAAUAAUUGUUACAAAUAAAGUACAAUAAUUUGGCCAUCUAGUACCCUUGUAUAUUUAUGUAAAUAGCAAAUAUUUAUACCUAUUAUAUACUUUUAUAUUACGUUGUAUGUAUGUAUCUUAGAAUAACUAUCGGCCAGUUUGUUUUGUCAACAUUACAGUAACUAAACAUGUAUAUCGAUGUCUGUUUGUAUGACUACAAGUACAAAAUAGCACGCCUUAUAAAAUAAAGUUGUGUAUUCCAAAAAUAAUUAAUUUUGACUACAUAAUGCACAAACCACGUUAGCAAUAGAACACUAUACACAAUUUUAUAUCUUACAAUUAAUAUCAAUGUUGCCAUAGUUUAUAUCUUAUAUACAGCAAAACUACAAAACUACUGACACCUACUUACAAGUCUGGCGAGCUAUUUCGGUGUUACCGAACAAGAGCGAUUUCACACUAGAUUAGCAGAACGGACAAUGCGCUAGUGUGAAACUGAUCUAAUUCGCGAGACAAGAAUAAUGGUGUUGGUAGGUUUGGUGUAUAAAGAAUAAGUAACCUUAACUCAUUCUAACUUUAGUUAGUGGUUGGUAAAUACAAACUUUGUACGCAUACAAGGUAGAAAAAAAUACUUGCAGCUAUGAUUUUGAUAUUAUAAUACCCAUAAAAUCCAAUUUUAUUUGUUUUAAAUAAUUUGUUGAAGAGAUAGUUUCUUUCAAUUUAAAAAUUGUAAUCGGCAGUCUAGUGUGCCAAAAAUUGCUCAUAACUAAUACCAACGAUGUAUUAACAAAACAAUAAUAAAAUCAUAUCAUAUCUCU